AUGGAUAUAUCGAUAUUUAAACUUCUUCGUUCAUUGUUUCUUGUUCUAUUUAUUACAAUUAUUGAAUAUAAACGUGGUUCAUUUACACUUUCAGGAGUUUUAACUGGUUUUAUACUUUGUUUAAUAAUAGCUUAUUCAAAUAUUGUUUUUUUAUUUGUUAUGAUGACAUUUGUUUUAAGUGGUUCAUUUGCAACACGUUAUAAAUUUGAUAUAAAACAAUCAAAAAUUAAUGAAAAUAAUCAUCAAAUAGAAACAAAAAAGUAUAAAAAGACUGCACGUAGUCAUAUUCAAGUGUUAUGUAAUGGUGCACUAGCAUGUUUUUAUGCAAUAGGUUAUUGUUGGAAAACAAAUUAUUCUGGUAUUUCAUUACCGAUUGAUAAUAAAAACGAAUCAUCUAUUUAUUCAAUUGGUUUUCUUUUUACUAUGGUUUGUUGCUGUGGGGAUACAUUAGCAUCAGAACUUGGUUCUGUUCUUGCUCAAAAUAAUCCACGUUUAUUAACGAAUCCAUUUCGAAUUGUUCCUGUUGGUACAAAUGGUGGCAUAUCACCUGUUGGAUGUUUAUUUAGCUUAUUCGGUGGUUUUAUUAUUGGUCUUAGUUAUAUUGUUGGUAAUAUGAUAUUUUGUCGAUCAGAUUAUAUGAUAAAUACAUGGACAAUGAAUAUUCAAUUACUUCUCUAUUGUACAUUAUUUGGUUUUCUAGGUUCUUCAAUUGAUUCAUUAUUAGGUGCAACUUUACAAUUUAGUGGUUAUGAUAGAGAACGUAAUGUUACAGUGCAACUACCUGGACCAUCAAUUGAACGAAUAUCUGGUCGAAACAUAUUAUCAAAUAAUCAAGUAAAUCUUAUAUCAUCAUUCCUCACAUCGAUUAUUGCUAUGUGGAUUUUACCAACCAUUAUGGUUUAA